AAGAGGGUAAAUCGGAAGAAACAGUCAAACAUUCCAGUUUCCAGACAAGUUUAGAUGACGGCUUUUCGAACGGGACUGAAGGUCAUUCCGGUCAUUCCAGUCAUUCCAUUCCUGUUAGGGAAGAAUUUUCGACGUCUGAGAAAUACCCGCAGGAGGACCCGGGUGGGUUUGGGCACGGGGUCCACGGAGGAGUUAAUGAUAGCCCUCAUCAAGAUAAUAGCACGAGCAUCCAUGAACCCGAUCGCCCCUCGGGGAAUAUUUCCAGCAGUUCGCUCGAUGAGCUCUUAACGACCCUCCCACCUGACUCUAUGACUCUGCAAUUAACACCCGACGCGGUUCCUCUCCUCGAAGAUCAAAGAGACCGACACAUUUCAUCGUCUGCCACUUGGCAGCACAAUAACACUGUUGAUCAAAUACCCCUCGACACCCAAUUGUCCGAGCUUCAGACACACACCCGCCACGCGAUCAUUCCCGAGGGGGAGAAUUCUACAGCGGCGCCUCGCUAGAAAAACCCUCGGGAUUACCCGCAGAGGAGGGUCAAAUCCCUGUGAUUCCCACCUCCCUCGGGGGACAUGAGGGCCGGAAUGGUGAAGGAGCGAGAGAAGAAGAUAGGGACUACAAAAUAGCCUCCAUUCCCACCGAGAAUGCUGAUGGGAGCAGUGACAGGGAAAAGGGAGCAGCUGCCAGCGACAAUACUCCGAAGGCGGCCCCGUCUUCCUUCGAUUAUCCCGAGAUGCAUAUAGAGCACCGACCGCAAAGCGACGGCACUUAUGAGGGGUCACCGCUGUUUUCCGUCGCAUCAUCUCAUUCUCACAACGACGGAGAAGGAGAAGAAGAAGAAGAAGAAACAAAAGGUCACGACAAAAAUGUCGGAAUGGAAUCCCACGACAGACCCGUAUUCGACGCAAUUAUCCUGAGACCUUCUACCGACGGCAAUGGCCCCUCCGACUUCCGGACUGAUUUCGACCAUUCCCGCGUCGGGAGCGAAUAUCCGCCGAACACGAAACUUGCCUUAGUCGCCGACGAACAAUCGGACGACAGCAGCGCCGCCGUCCAUUUGAUAGGUGUCAACGACCUCACGCCCAAACACCCGAGAGAGAAGUCAGUCGUGGGUGACUCACUCUUCCCCAGCAAUCACACGAGGGAGGGUGAUGAUGAUGACGAUGAUGUUGAUGUUGACAGGGCAACAGUCACGCCCCCGAUGGUCCCUCCCCCUCCCUCGGGAGGGGAAACGGAAGACGGAAACACGGAGUCACCUCCGCCGUCAUGGAAGCAGUCGGAACACGUCUCUUUCGUUGCGGCGCCCGACGAAGGGAGGAGAGAUUCGGGCGGACGCGAAGGCGGAAACGACGGCGGCGGCGGAUUUCGAGAUGAUCCGUUGACGGAUGAUCUCAGCGGUUCGGAAUCGCUGUCCGGAGAUCACAGCUUCCACCAAUCGUCGCCCGAGGAACGAAGAGUAAUCGACUCGGAAAUGGAUGAUGGUCGGAGGGAAUUCGACGAAGAGGACCAUCCUUACGAGUACGAGGGCGAGAGAAGAGCCAGCUACUCCUCUUACGAACUGAUGGCGGACUACGACGAAUACGAGGGGAGUUACGAAAAAGAGGAACGAAUGAGAGAAGUGGGAGGAGAAGACGAGGAAGAAGUGGAAGAAGAAGCAGCAGCAGCCUACGGACAUCCGACAGAAAAUAUCAGCGAGGCUGACAGACAGACGGUAGAUAGCUCAACCUCCACAGUAACAACGAGAGAGGAAAACAAAUGCGGUUCGUCGGGAUCUCAUUCCUCCUCCUUCACCGACAGCAACAGCAGCAGCAGCAGCAACGGCUCCAACAGCAGCAGCACCAGCAUCCCGAGUGGUGGUUCCGAUGGCAAUAUUAUGCUCGGGCGUGAACCGUGGCAAUCCCAGGAUCCUACAUGCAAAUGCUCCUGCCAGUGCGAUGGAGGAGGCGCCAAUCCCCCGGUAAUGCCCGGCCGUGUCGCAGCAAAUCUCAAUGCGAGGGAUCCAGGUGGCGACCGACUCCAAUACCAUCACGACGACUACGAGGACGAAGAGGACGACGACGACCACGACGACUUUUCCAGCAUCACGACCACCCCACCUUCUGUGUCCUCCACCAGCCACCCCCAACCAGCAUCCGUACAUCGCCAUCGUCAUCAUCACGGGGAGGAGGUGGGGGGGUCGUUCCCCUCACGCUUCCCAUCCACCACGCCCCACCCUCCCCCUCCUACCUCGACGUCGGAGCCGACCUCCUCCACGACGGAAUAUAUCGAAACGAUUUGGAUCCCAGCGAGGAAUCCUUACGAAACCCUUUAUCCCGAAGAAGAUGAUGAUGCCGCUGCUUCUGCUGCAUCGGCACGCCCUCCUUCAGGCCCUGAAGAAGAAGAAGAAGAAGAAGAAGAUGAGGAAGAGGACUUCGACGGAUGGAGGGCGUCUCACUACUACCCAGGAGAAGACAUCUCUACCUCAUCGACUUCGUCAGGAAGCAUCUCGGUGAGACGGCCUCAUCAAGUAACUCCUCCAGAUGGCUCGUCCUUCUCGGCCCUUCAGAUUGGAGAAGAGGCCAGCUUUAAACUGGCGCCUUACGGCUACUGGAACCUCCAUCUCACCCUCAAAGACGCCACAGACAUCCGAAUCGUCCUCACCAUCCCCAGAGGGACGUCAUUAGGACUCUACGCUCGGAGGAGCGCCCUUCCGACCCACACGCAACACGACAUCAUGAGGAUUUUGAGAGGAACCAGGCCGAGGGACGUCCGUGCAUCGCCCAACGUCGUAGAGAUCGCCGUAGAGGAAGUCCUGGAAGCCGGCGAGUGGUUCCUGUCGCUGUAUAACGACGACGGAGACCCCCACCAGGUGGCACUGGUCAUCAGCCGCGGCCCAGGAGUGGGCGAGUGCCCGCAGAGGUGCAACGACAGGGGCGACUGCAUCCUUGGGCGGUGCCAGUGUCGCGCAGGAUACAGCGGGGUGGACUGUUCACAGAUGCUGUGCCCGAUCCUGUGCUCUGGGCACGGGGAGUACGUCUCCGGGCAGUGCAAGUGCCACCCGAGCUUCAAGGGCAAGGAGUGCCAGCUGCGACACCACGAGUGCGAGGUCGCCGACUGCAACGGCCACGGACGAUGCAUCGAGGGAAGGUGCGAGUGCGCCAAGGGCUUCAAGGGCGAGUUUUGCGACGAAGUGGACUGCCCACACCCGACCUGCUCCGACCACGGCUGGUGCGCCGCCUCGGGCACCUGCGUCUGCCAGAAGGGUUGGCAGGGCCCCGACUGCGCCAUCAUGGACAGCGAUGCCCUCCAGUGCCUGCCCGAUUGUAACGGGCACGGCGCUUUCAACAUGGAGACUCAUGAGUGCGUCUGCGACCACCCUUGGACUGGCUCCGACUGCUCCAAGAAGGCCUGUUCCCUGGAUUGCGGUCCCCACGGUUCCUGCGAAAACGAUGCCUGCACCUGCGAAAGCGGUUGGACAGGUCCUACCUGUGCGGAGCUUCUCUGCGACCCCAGAUGUAGCGAGCACGGCCAGUGUAAGAACGGCACAUGCGUUUGCAUGACCGGCUGGAACGGGCGCCAUUGCACCCUCUCCGGAUGCCCGGGCAACUGCCAGAAUAGGGGCACGUGCGAGGCGGACAGCGAACAGAUUUGGAGGUGCCGCUGCCAAAAAGGCUGGGAUGGCCCGGACUGCUCAGUCAUGCUGGAGACACUCUGCAACGACCAUCUUGAUAACGAUCGUGAUGGCCUGAAGGACUGCGAAGACCCGGAGUGCUGCACGCAGGCCGCCUGCAUCGACUCCCAGCUGUGCGUGUCGAGAGCGACGCCCUUCGACAUCCUGCUGAGGAAGACGCCGGCGGGGCCGACAGCCUCCUUCUUCGAGAAGAUCGGCUUCCUGAUCGAGGAAGACUCGCUGCAGCUCUUCACCAAGAGCGACAACUUCAACAGGAGUGUUUUUCGGAACAACUUCCACCCGAGACGGGCAGCUGUCGUGCGUGGUCGCGUGGUGACGAAGGCGGGCAGGGGCAUCGUCGGCCUGAGGGUGUCCACCAACCACAAGCUCGAGGGCUUCACGCUCACCCGGACGGAUGGAUGGUUCGACAUCAUGGUCAACGGAGGCGGGGCCGUCACGCUGUCCUUCGGGAAGAUGCCCUUCAGUCCAAGGCUGAUCCGAGUGCUGGUUCCCUGGAACGAAGUAGUCGUCCUGGACGACAUAAUCAUGACGGUGAGCGGCCUGUCUGGAACAGACCACGCAGACACUUACCACGACCACCCGCAACGACUCCUGAGCACCCAGUGUAUUGACCACGACUACGACCUCCUACGACCCGUCGUCAUGGCCACUUGGCAGAACAGCUUCCAGGGGAAGUGUCCGGACACGGACGCUAUCUUGGCGGAAGCCCAGGUCGUCCAGGAGUCGGUGCUGAUUCCAGGCACUGGAUUGUAUCUGGUUUAUCAUUCGUCCAGAUCCAACGGCUACGAGUCGACACUGAGGCUGCAACUCACUCCCGACCGGAUUCCUUCGACUCUCCGACGAGUUCACCUUCGGAUAGUCAUCGAGGGGAUCCUCUUCACUCGAACCUUCGAGGCCGACCCGGCUAUCAAGUACACCUACGCAUGGAACCGACGGGACGUCUACCGCCAAAGCGUCUAUGGCGUCUCAGUAGCGAGGGUCUCCGUUGGGUAUGAACACAGCACCUGCAGCCGUAUUAUCUGGGAGCACCAGACGGCCAGGAUUGCCGGGUACGACAUCGGCAUAUCUGGAGUGGGCGGUUUCAAUAUCCAUGUGCAUCACGCUUAUAACGUACAUCAGGGCAUACUCCAGAAAGGAGACGGGCAAAACAUCUAUCUAUCGGCCCAGAGACACCUGGUGACCACCCUCCUGGGGACGGGGGAGCAGAGGGAGGUAGACUGCGGCGCCCUUUGUGAGGGGAAGGCCAGCGAGUCGCCCUUAUUGGCGCCCACCUGUUUGGCAGCGGCGCCUGACGGCUCCCUGUACGUGGGCGACUUCAACCUCAUUAGGCGCGUCAAGCCAGAUGGUACUGUCUCCACGGUUGCUAGGCUCAACGAGACUCGCGUAUCAUACCGGUACCAUGUGGCCGUGUCUCCCCUCGACGGAAGCGUGUAUGUCAGCGACCCGGAGGCGCAUCAGGUCCUUCGGCUGGAGAGCACAGACAACGUUCUGAACCCUUUGCACAACACCAUCGCCGUCGUCGGCUCCGGGCAGAGGUGCCUUCCUGGGGACCCUCAUAAAUGCGGCGACGGAGAUCACGCCAUACACGCCAGGUUGACUUAUCCGAAAGGUCUGGCGAUCUCAUCCGCGGGUGACAUCUACAUCGCGGAUGGCACCAACAUCCGAGUGGUCAGUCCCGCCGGAAUCAUCCACACGGUCAUCGGAGGGCACGACCACCGAUCCCACUGGGCGCCGGUGCCCUGCAACGGCACCAUCAACAUGGACCAGCUCCACCUACGGUGGCCGACGGAGUUGGCAAUUUCGCCCCUCGACGGUUCGCUCCACAUUCUGGAUGACCACCUCGUCCUCAGGGUCACUCCUGAUAGCCGCGUCCAGGUGCUGACUGGCCGAUCGCUCAACUGUCCAACUCCUCCAAACGACCCGCCAGAUGUCUCCCGCACCGCGCUUUUGCUCAAUCCUCAGUCGAUAGCAUUUUCUCCUCACGGCGAGUUAUACGUGGCAGAGAGUGACAACCAGAGAAUCAACCGCGUACGAGUCAUAACAAGCGACGGUCGCAUCACCACCUUCGCAGGAGCCGAUUCCAGGUGCAACUGCAGGGAACCAGCCUGCUUCUGCCAACCGCUGGACAACGUCUCCGCCACGUCCGCCAUUUUCUCCUCCAUCUCAUCCAUUGCCGUGACCCCCGAUGGCGUGUUACAUAUCAGCGACCAGGCGGGCUACAGAGUCAGGUCUGUGCAGUCUCUGUUGCCAGAACUCAAUGACGAGCGGAAGGAAUACGAAAUCUUCUCUCCAGACACGCACGAAGUGUACGUCUUCAACCGCUUCGGACAGCACGUGACCACCAAGAACCUCGUCACGGGACAGACCAUCUACACAUUCCAGUACACAGACAGUUCCAGCACAGGGAAGCUGCUGGCUGUCACCGACGCAGCCAGUAAUACGAUUCAGCUCAUCAGGAACCACUCUGGUGCUGUCAAGGCUAUUGACAACCCACAGAAACAGCGCAUCAUGGUCAGCUUGAACAUGAACAAGUUACUGAAGGAAUUGGUGACCCCAGAUGGAUAUAACAUCACCUUCCGUUAUCACGGAAACAGGGGACUCAUGCGGUCCAAGAUUGAAGCUCUGGGCAGAACUUACAGUUACGAGUAUGACGAUCAAGGGCGCUUGGUACAGGCUGUCCUUCCAACAGGGCAGAUCAUCCAGUUGAGCUUCGACUUGAGUGUACGAGGAGCCAAGAUCACUGUGACUCGGGAUGGCAAGGAUCUUGUCACAACCAGAGUUAGAGGAAAUGUCUUGAGUCAUGAUUCAGGAGCUAUUGAAGCCGUAUCCGAUCUCGAUGGUGACGGUCAGUUGCGCAUCAUAACUGCUUGGAACCACGAAAUUUCCUUGGAGAAGACUGCCUACCGUGUACUUGAAUCCAAUAAUCCCACAGCAGCCGAGAUGUUCCCAAUUCUGUCUCGCCAACAGACACACAUCAGUGACAACCUUGUUAACCGCUAUGAAUGGAGUUAUUCCCCAGCAUCUACAUACAAUGGAGGAGCUAAUCUGAAGGUGUCAGGAACACUGCGAGUGAAUGGAGCAGAGUUACUUACCCUGACCUAUGAUCGUGCAUCCUCAUCAGAAGUUCUGCUGUCUGUUUCGGGUCAGGUCAUGGUGAACAUUACUUAUGAUCACUUUGGAAGACCUGUCCAGUGGGUCCCGGUGCCACCCUUGGUGCCAAGCAAUGUCACCUACGAUCACUGGGGCCACAUUACCAGCUGGGUUCGUGGCGACCAUUCAGAAGAGUAUAAGUAUGACAUUUACUUGCGCAUGGAGUCUGUCACUUAUGCUGAUGGCACAACAGUCAACUAUGAUUACAGAGAAAAACUGACUAAGCCUGAGAAAGUGACUCAUCCAAGCGGACGUGCAUAUGGCCUGGUAUACGACGAUGCUGGUUCAUUACGACAAGUUGUGACGCCUCGCGGAUCGGCCUACACACUCCACCUCACAACUUCCUUGGGAUUCUAUAGGCUCAUCUUGGCUCUUCCUGUGGAUAGUAUUGCAAUACAGAUGCGUCUUGAUGAGCGAGGAAGGCUGCUCUCAGUCUCUCUCCCUGGUCGUGGAGGAACACUGCUGUACGAGUACAAUGACAACGGCGAGAUAAGUGCAGAGCUCUAUGGCCACGGGUACACGGAAUACACAUACUACGAGGAAACAGGGCUGAUGCGUACAGCCAGAACCAAACACAUCCACGACGACGUCAGGACAGAUUAUCGAUACCACGGUGGUCUCAUGAAGGAAAUGCGCAUCCGAUAUGGUUCCAAGAGUAACCUCCACGGUGUGAAGCUCAAAUUCCAGUACGACGGCUCUGCCAGACUUCGAAAGAUGGAAGGAGACAUCAACAACGCCGCUUUGAAGGAAGUUUACGUCCGUUUCGAUAACCAGACAGGCGUCCUCGAACUCAUUUCUGACCUGCGCAUCAUCAGAAAUAACAUCCUCGAGACGAUGUUGCAGAAUCCAAAGAAGAAGUUCGUCAACACACGUAAACAAGACGAUUACGGGCGCUUAGCUCACGUGGAUAUGACCCUCGAGGGCAGAGUUGUAUACACGAUGCAACUGAAGUACGACAAUCGUAAUCGCAUAUCUGAACGGCUGAUCGAAGUAGCAGGUCGCCGAGAAGGUCUCAACAUCACUUACAUGGCAGACGGUCAGAUCCAAGAAGCCAAAGGAACGCACACUUGGCAUUACAGAUACGAUGAAAAUGGUAACAUUGUCAACCAUGCCAACAGAGAAUCUGUGCAAUCUCUAGAAUAUGACGAGUGUGAUCGAGUCGUCAGCGUUGAUUCAACGCUGGUAGAAUAUGACUCCAGGGGUUUUGUCAUUCGCAUUGACAAUGAGAACUUCAAAUACAACACAAAAGGACAGCUCGUUUCUGCCUGGGAUACUGGAGAGAGCUGGUCUUUCACUCUAGGGUACGAUCACUUUGGCAGAGUAGCGGUAUACCGUGACCACCUGAACAACGCCACACAAAUCAUAUACGGACGUCCUGACUUGCCAGAUUUAAUCACACAUUUGCACAACCCUCAUUCUGGAAUGACCAUGAGCUUGCUCUAUGACGACAUGAACCAUCUCAUUGCCAUUGACAAGGACGAUGGCCGAUUCUUCGUUGCAACAGACCAGAAUGGAACUCCCAUUGCCAUCUUUGAUGAUCUGGGCUCUCUGAUUAGGAGUCAAGUAUGGUCUCCUUUCGGCCGUCUCAUCGAUUAUGCUGGUACCGAAAUGUGGGUUGGAGUGGGACCUUGGGGUGGAUUCUUGGAACCACUGACUGGCAUUGUUAUACUGGAAGGCCAUGCGUAUCACCCUAAGCUUUUGCAGUGGAUGACACCACGGUGGGACCACUUGACGAAAACCACGAGACAAGUUACAGAUGUCUUUGUUUACAGAUUCAUGAAUAAUAAUCCCUUCAAUCUUCCAUCAGGUUUGAUGAAGCAUUAUUAUACAGAUGUCUCAGACUGGCUUGAAUUAUAUGGAAUCGAACUGAACCGCGUGCUUGGUUCAGAAUACCAUGAAAACACGAUGGUCAAAGCAAAGCCUGUCAUCUCUGUGGAGAACUUGGGGGCCUCUGAAGUCAUCAGUGGCCUCUGCUGUCAGUACAAUGCUGGAAUUAAGCACCUCCAUGAACUGAGCUUCUUCUCACAGUCUCACAUCCAGAGGCCGACCGCAACCUGGAAUGGAGUUCCAAUAUCCCGCCAGGCGUCUAUAUUUGGGCCUGGGGUCUUGGUCUCCAACGUGAAGGGUCGGGUUCUCGUGACUGCCAUCGGAGAAGAAGACUCCGUCGUCAUUGGCGACGUCAUUCGAACUGUCCUUAACAAUUCCAUAAUUCUAGAUGUUAGCGCUACCCAUGGAGGCCUUGACACAUUCUAUUUUAUUAAAGAUACCCAGGAACGCGCACAAGAAGACCUGCAGCAGCUGCGACGCCUCUCGGGCAUAUUCCAGGUGUCUAACAAUGAGACCGAGCGCGGCCACGAGAUCCGCAUGUCGACCCACACAGCUCACCUGGUGAUCAUGUACGGCGAGCGAGUGUCGCGAGCCCGGAAGCAGGUCCUGAAGGAGCUCGAGGAAAGGGCAGUCGCCCAGGCUUGGGAGAGAGAGGCAGCCCUGAUCCUCAGCAACCGACCCGGGACCCACACCUGGUCCUCCACCGAGAGCGACCAGCUGAUUCGGGAAGGGCGCGUCCCCGGCUACGUGGCUACUCACAUACACUCGACUUCCCGGUAUCCAGUGCUGGCCUCCGAUGCCUCUAAUAUUGUCUUCAAGCACGAGACGGCCCGCAAGCGGCGCGGAAGUCGCAGAAAGUCCAGAAAGAAGAGCUGGCGCCAGCGAAAGAAAGGCUCCCGCUUGAAAAGUAAUACGUGAGAAGUGAUGUGACUUUUUGCUGAACUUCCAGGCAUAUGCUAAGUGAAUCUGCCUUUAUCGACAGAUUGUGAUAUAAUUGUAAAUAUUUAUGUAAAACUUAACAGAGUUUCAAUAUAUACGCAUACUGUGUGCGUUUUUGUUCUUUCUAUACGAGGUGAAUUAAGAAAAAUAACUUUCAUGAAUUAUUAUCAUAUUAUAUUCAGUGUUCUUAUGAACCCCCCGAAUGAAACGCAUAUAUCAAUUAUGAAGAUUUUUGGUGUUCCUUUCAUGUGGUUUUUACUUACGAAUGUACCAUGCGGUAAUCUUACGCUGUACAAUAUGUCACGUAUUAUGUAAACUAAAAUUAAUGAGUUUUUAAUAAACAUUUCGGUGUAUAUUUCUUAA